CGGAAGAAGUCGAGCCCGAGGUAUUUCCGUUUCCGGUGUCAGUUCGAGGCGCCGCCGCCGCUGCGCUAGCCACCGGAUCCGCGAUGCCUAAAGGAGGGAGAAAGGGAGGCCACAAAGGCCGGGCACGGCAGUACACAAGCCCUGAGGAGAUCGAUGCCCAGCUCCAGGCUGAGAAGCAGAAGGCCAGGGAAGAAGAGGAACAAGGAGAAGAUGGUGGAGAUGGGGCUGCGGGGGACCCCAAAAAGGAGAAAAAAUCCCUAGACUCAGAUGAGAGUGAAGAUGAAGAAGAUGAUUACCAGCAAAAGCGCAAAGGCGUGGAAGGGCUCAUUGACAUUGAGAACCCUAACCGGGUGGCACAGACAACCAAAAAGGUCACACAACUGGACCUGGAUGGGCCCAAGGAGCUUUCAAGGAGAGAACGAGAAGAAAUUGAGAAGCAGAAAGCAAAAGAGCGUUACAUGAAAAUGCAUUUAGCUGGGAAGACAGAACAAGCCAAAGCUGACCUUGCCCGGCUGGCAAUCAUCCGGAAACAGCGGGAAGAGGCCGCCAGGAAGAAAGAAGAAGAGAGGAAAGCAAAAGACGACGCGACCUUGUCGGGAAAGCGAGUGCAGUCGCUGUCCCUGAAUAAGUAGCACGGCCUGUGGGAAGAGGCACUGGGGACCUGGGCCGCUCUGCCAGGACCUCUACCACGUCUCGCCCACCCUGCCCUGGCGCCGCUGCUGCAGCCCCUCACGGCAAGGAGCCCCCACCCUGGCCUGGGGCCUCCUUUUCAUCUUGGCACAGAAAUCGUUUUGGGGGGGAUGGUGGGGGGGUGCUGGGGGAAGGGGCAGCUGCCAUCUUCGAGACAGAAAGAUGCGGGACAGCAUUUCGUAUGUAACCACUCGAAUGUUUUUGCUGUUUUUAGAAUUCAGAACUCUUGUUGGGGGAGUCUGGGAGGUAGGGUAAGAAGAGCUUCCGUUUGUCCCAUAGAUUGCACGGUAGGGGCUGGUUGUACAGAGGGGCGGCUGCUGAAGUGUUUGCAACAGCCAGCUCCAGUCUGUGUUGCCUGGGUGCUCACUCAGAGGGACUGUCGUCCAGGAUCCUGUGUCCCUGGGUCCCUGAGGGUCAUGGCUCGUCCCCAGCCAGGCCCUUCUGCCCUUCCCUGCCCCAUUCCUGACCCUGGCCAGAGCCAGGACCCAUUCUUAACCUUGCCCAUUGAUCAUUUCAAGAAACCUCUGUUUACUGUGUAGCACCCAGGCAGAACAUGCUCCAUGAGUCCAACUUGUAUAUUUGGCAGAUUAAACUUGACAUUAUCGUAA